AUGUUGAAUACGAGUUCGUCGCAUGAUACGGAGACGGAUGGGCAAACAGAGGUGGUGAAUCGGUGCUUAGAAGCAUAUCUUCGUUGUUUUGCAUUGGAGCAACCGAAGGAGUGGUCACAAUGGAUUCAUUGGGCUAAAUUGUGGUAUAACCCCACAUUCCAUGUUUCUACAGGAACUACACCUUUUGAGGCAAUGUAUGGAAGAAAACCACCCACUGUGGUUAGAUAUUUACAGGGAGAAACGAAAGUAAAAACGGUAGCAGCUGAAUUAGUUGAUCGUGAUAAGGCCUUAUGUCAACUUAAGUAUCAUUUGAACAAAGCCCAAGAACAGAUGAAGAGCCUUGAGGACAAGGAUGCAGUUCCUGAUGGCGGUAAUGACAUAAUUAUUGGGCCUAAGACUAGUGAAAGGCCCAAAUCUGCAGUGUGGAGAACACAACAUGAGGAUGUUGAAAUUCAUGCUCUUAUAUCAUAUAUUUGGCAGCAGAGCAACCAAUUGCAGCAGGAGGAUCCUACUGCUAAACCUGGGUUUUCCAUAAAAGGUGGCAUCUUAUUCUACAAAAAUAGCCUUGAGGACAAGGAUGCAGUUCCUGAUGGCGGUAAUGACAUAAUUAUUGGGCCUAAGACUAGUGAAAGGCCCAAAUCUGCAGUGUGGAGAACACAACAUGAGGAUGUUGAAAUUCAUGCUCUUAUAUCAUAUAUUUGGCAGCAGAGCAACCAAUUGCAGCAGGAGGAUCCUACUGCUAAACCUGGGUUUUCCAUAAAAGGUGGCAUCUUAUUCUACAAAAAUAGGUUAGUUAUACCUGCUAACUCAUCACUUAUUGAGGAUCUAAUUAAGGAUUUUGAUUCUUCCCCUAGUGGGGGUCACUCCGGCUACCUACACACUUAUAGAAGAAUGCCAGGCCCUUUAUAUUGA